CUUACUCAUAUGUGAAUUUAAUAUUUUACCUUGAGAAAUUUGAUGCCAAAGGAAUAGUAAAUAUUUAACCACUUAUGAUAUCAUUUUAAUUGGUUAACAUUUUUUUUUCUUUACUUACAGUUUGACUAUUUAACCAUACUUUGCAGCUCUUGACAUCAUAAUACAGGGAAGGGAGGGAGGAAAGAAAUUGGCAUGAAUUGAGAAGCAAGGCAGUAUCAGGUGCUUUGUGGACAUGUACAAAACAAAAAACCAAACCCAUUGUUGUCAAGUCAAUUCUGACUCAUAGUGACCCUGUAGGACAGAGUAGAACUGCCCCAUAGGGUUUCUAAGGCUGUAAUCUUUACAAAAGCAGAUGGCCAUAUCUUUCUUCUACAGAGUGGCUGGUGGAUUUGAACCAAUGACCUUUUAGUUAGCAGCUGAGCGCUUAACCACUAUGCCACCAGGUCUCCUAUGUAGCAUGUAUAGUGACCUCCGUUUCCUUACAUCCUAAUCACUCAUCAGUGCACUCCACGGUGACUUUCGUCAUCUUCAUUUCACGGAAAACGUUCUUGACAAGGUCAUCAGUGAUUUCCCUGUCACUAAUUUCCAACAGCUUUUGUUAGCUUGACCUCCCAGCAGCAGUCAGUACAGAUGAUCAUCUCCUUCUUAUCAAACCCCUUCUUCCUUUGGCUUAUCAUCAGAGCUUUUGGAUUCUACUUCCUAAGCAUUUUUAUUGUCUCUUCAUAUCCACUGUCAUCACUUUAGCUAGUCUUGGCCACUAUCACCUCUUGCCUGGGCUACUGCUGUAGCCUCUUAACUGACCUGUUUGCCUCCAGUCCCCUCACCCCCCAUCCAUUUCCCACACAACUACAAUGAUCUUUUCCAACUAUGAUCACACCACUGGGCUUGGUUGUAACUUCUCAAUGGAUUUCCCUUGCAAGACUUCAUCUUGCUUACUUUGGACAUGUCAUCAGGAAAGACCAAUCACUAGAAAAUGAUAUUGUGUUUGGUGAAGUGGAGGGUCAGCAAAAACAAGGGAAAUCCUCCAUGAGACAAUAGCUACAACAAUGGGCUCAAAUGUAUCAAAGAUUAUGAAGAUGGCAUAGGACUCAACGGCAACUAACAACAACAACAGCAAAGUUCGGUGUUCUUACUGUAGCCUACAGGCCCCUUUCACCACCUGGUUCCUGCCUGCCCUGGCAAGCUCAGCUUGGGUCACUCUCCUUUUUGAUCUUUGUGCUUGAGCACACACUCUUUCAUCUCUGGAUCUUUGCAUAUGCUCUUUCCUCUGUCUGGACCACUGUUUAUUCAUUUAUUCAUUCAUUCAUCCAACAAAUAUCAGUUGAAGGUCUAUAAGGUCCUAGGCAUCACUCUAAGUAUUAGGGAUACAGCAGGGACAAAAUAAAGAUUCCUGUGCUUGCAGAGCUUGCAGUUUAUGAGAGGUAGAGAGACGAAAAUUAUAAAUAUAAUAAGUAGACUGCAUAGUGUUUUAUAAAGUGAUAAGGGCUAUGGGAUAAAGAAAAAGUAGAGAGCAAGGUAAGAGGGGUCAAAAGUUCAGAGGAGGGUAGCUGGGUGAAAUCUUUAAUGGGUAGGUUAAGAUAGGCCUCAUUGAGAGGGUGAUAUUUAAGCAAAGACUUGAAGGAGAUGAGGGUCUAAGCCACGUGGAUAUCUGGGUGAAGUACAUUCUAGGGAGAAGAAGCAGUCAGUACAAAUCUAUGAGGUGGGAUCCUGCAUGGUGUGUUUGAGGACCAGCAAGGAGGAUCGUAUGGCUGAAGUAGAAUGAGCGAGGGGAAGUACAGUAGGAGAUGGUGCUGAAGAUACAGCUGGAUGCUAGAUCAUGAAGGGCGUUGUGGGCCAUUUUAAGGAGUUUGAUGUUUUCUCUGAGUGAGCUGUGAAACUAUUAGAGGGUUUUGAGCAGAGUAGUUAUGUAAUUUGGAGUCCCUGAGUGGUUCUUGGCUGCUAACUGAAAAGUUGAAGGAUGGAGUCCACCCAGAAGCACCUUGGAAGAAAGGUCUAGAGAUCUACUUCCAAAAGAUUACAACCAUUGUAAACCUAUGGAGCACAGUUCUACUCCGAAACACAUGGGGUUCUCACGACUCGGAGUCAACUCUACAGCAACUGGUUACUGGCAGUUAUAUAAUCAACUUUAUAUUAUAAAAGGAUCCCUCUGGCUGCUGUGUUGAGAAUAGGUUGUAGUGAAAAAAGGGUACGGGGCAAGAAUAAUGGUCAGAAGGCUAUUACAGUAAUCAAAGUGAGAGAUGAUGGUGGCUUGGGCCAGAGUUGGAGCAGUUGAGGUGGUGAGAAGGGGUUGGGUUCUGGAUGUAUUUUGACAGUAUAGCCAUCUGGACUUGAUAAUUGGAUAUAGGGUGGGAGGGGUCACAUAUAGCAGCAUACCUUACAUGUAGGACUUGAAGCUUAUAUAAUUCAUGGGGUCUUGUUUAAGGAAAAUUAAGAAAAAGAAUGUAAAACUAAGUACAAAGAUAUGUAUUUGAAGUAAGAAAAAAAUCACAACAGUCAGACUUUGCCAGAACAAGAUGGGUCAAAUGCUCUAAGACAUGAUUUGAUCCACUGGGAUUCAUAAAACAUGCUAUUUCACACACAUACUUGUUGCUUGUAGAACUACUACAGGUUUGUGCCCUACAAAUGUAGGAAUUUUGAUCAUUUCUAUUUAAUAGGAUUUCCAUCAAAAAAGAAGAACAAUGCUGCAUUUAUAAUUGUGUAUGCUACAUCAUCAAGUAUAUUCUUAACAGGAGAGAAAAUCUAUUUUAUCUAGGCAUCAAUAAGAACCAAAUCCUCAGGAUCAAACUGACAACAGCAACUUGAAAGAUUAGAUAGGAACCUAGGGAAAAGUGAGUUUAUGUCAAUGGGGGAGGAACAAUUUGGAAAAGGAGGGUGAGAAUGCUUGUACAACUUGAAGAAUGUAAUCAGUGUCACUGAAUUGUACAUGUAGAAACUGUUGAAUUUGUGUAUGUUUUGCUGUGUCUAUGCUCAACAACAACAAAAACCGAAUUCUCUGCUUAUAUUUCUAGAAUUUGGAAGAAUUUUCCACAGACCAGCUUCUGGCUGUGUACAUUUCAAAUUGCCUGUAUACUACCAGUGCCAGGUACCAUCGGACGGAUUCACAUCACAGUAUGACUUCUGGUCCUCUGCUGUUCUGUCACAACACCAGUCAUUCUUUCAAGAAAAAAAUGGUGUUCCAUGAAAAAACUAAAUAGUUCAGCUCACAACAAUCACCAAGUACUUUUCCUCAAGACGACCAUCAUACAGUGAUAAUAUUUUUGGAGAAGGAAAACCCAUUUAUUCUCAUCCUAGUUCAGUGUUGCUAUCAUAUAAGGAUUUCUGGAACCUAAUAUCUAAGGAUACUGCUUUUGAUAACCUUUUAAAAAGCCUAUACAAUCCUUGUCUCCUGAAGAGAUCCUGAGGCCACCAUGACGGUCACAGUGGUGUAUGAUAACUCUGAGGCAACAGAGCUCUGUGCAGCUCAGCACCUCUACCUCAAGCCCAUAGCAAAAUUGAUGAUCAAUGUGUUGCUCCCAGAGAGUACAGAACCUGUGAGACCCUUCUCUAACUGGGAAGUUCUUGAUCAGCUCAAAAGCCUGAUUUGUCCUGACCAGUUUACCACAGUUCGGCUCUCCAAGAGUACCAAGGACUUCAUUCGAUUCGAGGGUGAGGCUGAAACCCGAAGUUUGGUUCAGAUCCUGAAGGCAAAGUUACAUGGGAAAAUCAUCAAGCUGAACGGUUUGAAAACCGACUUAAAAGUAGUGGCUACAGAUGCCCAGGGAGAAUGGGAACAUUUCCCCAAGGCAAAGGAGACCUCUUUGAGUGAUGGGACUGAAGAGCAGGACCAUGAUAAAAGCCCAGAUUCUAUAUAUUUCCAAGGCUUGCCCUGUAAGUGGUUUGCACCUAAAGGUUCCAGUGGGGAGAAGCCAUGUGAAGAGAUUCUUCGUGUCGUCUUUGAAAGUUUUGGGAAGAUCAAGAAUGUGGAUAUUCCUAUGCUUGACCCCUACAGAGAAGUAAUGACUGGUGGGAGCUUUGGAAAUUUUAGCUUUGGCUUGCAGACAUUCGAGGCCUUUAUACAAUAUCAAGAGUCAACUGACUUUGUAAAAGCCAUGGAGUCCCUUCGAGGAAUGAAGUUAAUGCUUAAAGGGGAUGAUGGGAAAGCUCUGGCAUGUAACAUUAAGGUUAUGUUUGAUACAACCAAACACUUCAGUGAAGGAGCUAUAAGAAGGAGGAAUCAGGAAAGGCUAAAACUACAAGAGCUGGAGGAAGAAAGGAAAAAAGAAAAGAAGAGAGAAGAGGAAGAAGCUGAAAGAAAAAGAAAAGACGAGGAGAGGAAAACCCAGGAAAAGAGGAGGAAGGCCAGGGUCAGGAGGCGAGUCUUGAAGGAAAGAGACAGACAUCGGAGAAAGAAACAGAAGGACAAAGCCAAAGCUGAGGUGUCUCAGGAACCUGACUCCUCAGAGGAGUGGAAGGAGAGGAAGUACCUGCUGGCUCUGAGGCGUGUUGAGGCCCUUCGGUUGCUACGCAUACUCCUGAAGAAAAUUGCAGGAUCCACACAAUUUAACCCACAGGUGGUAGAUGUUGCAAGCCCUGAAGCAGAGAAAGAUCGUGCUCUGGGGAACACACUGGAAACUCUGGAGAAAGAAGAGUUAAACACACAGUAUCUUCAAAAUCAGGAGGAAAUGCCAAAAUAUCAGGUUGCCAAGUCAGACAAUAAACGAAAACAAAAAAUGAAGAAAAAAACUGGGACUCACUUACGUAAAUCUUCCCACCGCCUAGGGAAGAAAAAAUUAAGGUAUUCAACUAGAAAAGAGAGAACCAGAAAAUUCUUAACUGAGAGAUACAGUCACAGUUUAAUCCCUGACCAGAAUUCUUUGCAGAUUACAACAAUUGAAGCUCAGUCUUUCGAGAAAGAAGAUUGUCACAGUUCUGAUAAAUUUGAUUCUUCCGGAUUACUUGAGAGAGACUGUGGUAGAAAACAGAAGAUCUAUGAAACCGAUGAAUUUAUCGACUAUCUAUUAAACUAUUAUCAGACUCCAAAAUAUGCCCGUAUCUUCCUAAAACCAGGUCACGUAACAAGCACAUGUCAGUGGCAGAGGGUUGUCCAUCCCAAGGGAAAUGGAUUUCAGAUCAGUUUGAGAAAACGUAGACAUCACUUAACCAGUUUCAGCUCAAUGCAAGACCUGGAAUGGAGAGAACAUACUCAAGAAGAUGAUUACCGGACAAAGAUUUGUACUCAAGAUCCUGACCAUAAACCACAAGAAAGAGAAAAAGUGGACUAUGCCAAAGAAUGUUCCAAGGACUUUAAAAACCAUCUCAAGGAUACAGUCAGUGAGGCUGGCGAUCAGCUUUCACCAGCUGAUGGAGAGAGCCAUCUUUUGGAAGAGACCCACGAUCACCAGAUCGAAGAUCUGAAAUCCAGAAAGAAAAGCCAAGUUUCUUCACCCGGCAGGUCAGUAGGCUUAGCUUUGGAAUUGAAAGAUGUCUUAGAGGAAAUCAGUAGUGAUUCCGAAUGCUUCAACGAAACCCUUAGCAGCGUAAACAAAGAGGAGCAAGAGAAUUCUGUGGCUGCAUAUCAUAGCUCCCCAGAAAAAGGACUUCUUGACCCUGAUGAAAUCAUCACUGAUGGUGAAGAAACUAGGUCAGGUCAGACCUCGUAUUCAAAAUGUAAACAGGAUGGUGAGAAAAAACACUCUAAAUAUAAGCUUAGAAAACCAGGCAAGCAGUCUAAAAAUGAACUGAGAUGCUCAUGGCUUGAGGGUGAAGACAGUUCCAUUAGAGACAAGAGAAGCGACAGCAAAAAGAGAAAGCCAGCCUCCAAAUACUUGUUUGAUGAAGGCUACUAUGCUAAGUCCAGUUCUAGCAAUCUAUUAGAGGACAUUACAAGAAAGAGAAGGAGAUUUAAUGGUACCACGUUUGACCAGAAAGUGAACUACAGACCCUCUCAUGUGCCAAUAAUGUCAUCAGAAAGUGCUAACACUUUCUAUUUAAGAGAUUUUUACACAAGAAGAGAGACUCCUUGGAAGUCAAAAUAUAACCAGGACGAAAGAAGGCUUAAAAGACAUGGAAAUUCUGAAGAUUUCAUGCUGAAUUCUGGCAAUUAUUAUAUUAGACAUAACAGUCAGGAAGACAUUGACUAUGGAAGCUAUUUACGAAACAACUACACUAGUUCUUUAUAUUUCCAAAUGUUUUGAUGGUCACUUAGGUCAGGAACACUCUUCUUCAUAGUAAACAAUUUGCAAGAAGAAAACUUAAAACCAAAUAUCUAGCUAGCAACUACAGAGCAAAAGAGAAACAUUUAAAAGCUUGAGCAAGGUUAAAUGCAAUGCCUUGUCUCAAAAUUACUGCAGGUGUGUUGGCAAGCUUUGGCAAUACAAAGCAUCCAGAUUCUGAAGCUUGGUAAAACAAUGUGCUUGCAAAACUUCUUGAUCCAAGGACAGUCGUUUCUACAGUUCAACUGCAACUUUAAUUUGGUGCCAGCGAAGGAGCAAAUUAACACUGAGAGGGUUGUUGAUAGCCCUCUGACUCCUUAGCUGUCAUAACGUCAUCAUUUAGUAGCAGGAGCAACGAAUACGGAUCUUUUUCUAUGUUCCGUGAUUUGGUCAGAGGCACCAUGUGCGACAACAAACUUUCCUAACUGACUUUUAUCUACAAAUAAUUAUAGAUAAGAGAAGAACAUAUAAUAGACUUCUUCAUGACAUUAGAGUGUCUCAUGAGCAUCCACCGGAAGGAAAUUAUCCUAUUAAUAUGUUCGUAGUACUCAAAGAGUUAUUCUUUUGAAAACAAAGUCUUGAGGCUUAAAUGUAUAGCAGAUCAUUAGCAGAGUUGUUUUUUGAAGAACCCAAUGUCUUCCCAUCCUAGAAAAGCAAAAGGAUUGAAGUGACUUAACCAGUGGGAUUUGCAAAAGGAAAUAUUGAAAGAUCCUCAGGCACCAAUAAUGGCACUUGGGAAGAGAGGACAUGACAGUAUUCCAUUUCGGGUUAUGUAAUCCUUUGACUCAGGGUUGGGUGACAUCGGUUGGUAAAAAGUCACUGAAUAUCCCCAAGCUGACUUUUAUAAAACAGUAACAAGUGCCUCCUUAAUUCUCAAUAAUGCCAUGGGGCUAGGAAGAGUCAAGGGCAAAGCUUAUAGUUAGUUUUCUAGCUGGGGAAAAAAAUAUUGUAUGUAGGAUUUGUAAACUCUCAACAUAAGCAAUUUAUCUUUCUACCUGCUGGUUUUGGACUUCUUAAAUAUGUUUUUAAAUGGAGAUAUUUUAUAGAUUCUUAAAGACUUACAUCUUAGUGUGGUACAUGUUCUGUAGAAAGCUUGGCUGAUUCAUUCUGCCUUACACAGGAUUUAGGACCUCAGGGGCAGUAGAUGACCCUUUUUUUUUUCUACCUGCAACAAAGCUAUCUAUUACCUGACCUGACAAUUGAAGACACAUCAAUGAGAUUAGAGACUGUCUGUAGCAGAAAAAGAUUAUUUUAAUCCACAGAAGUAGCGCAAAGCGCCAUUUUCAUAUGACAUGGUGCAUUCCAAACAGUCUUAACUAGAUAUUCUGUCAUAAAGUACCAGCUGGUAGAGCCAGGUAGGGUGCCAGUCAGUCCCACGACAAGUGCUCAUAACUAGCCUCCUGUGCAACCUGGUAUCUCAAGGGGCUACAAAAUCUCAUCAUUUGUCUGAAGAGCCACACGUUGUUUCACUGAUCUCUUCUAAUCACAUCUUAAUAGAGGUCUGUUCGUGCACGUAAAGUUCAGAAAUGACCAUAACAUAGGAGAUCGUGUUUAUUAUUAAUGAGAUAGUGACCAAUGAAUGACUUGUUGGCUCUCUUGUGUUCGAUUCUACUUGCAAGCCAGUGACUCUGUCAUUGAAGCCAGGUUUGGCUUGUCAAAUUUGAAAAAUCACUCACAGGGUGAGUGCCUUUUCUCAAGACUAGCAAUGACUAUUAAUGUUCAAAGUACUGUUUUCCGGAGUAGCCUUUUAAACUACUAACAGCUUGUAUUUGGUCAGACAACUUUCGGUAACUAGGUAUUAUUCUCCUCCAGUGAUGAUCUGCCUCUUAAUUUUUUUCAUGUUUCAUGCCAUUGAGACAAAGGACAUUAUGGGUUUGUAAUGGAAAGCAGCUAUGCUUGCUUUGACAAAAUAAAUCUCAAUUUCUUCUGUAAUUUGGUAUUUUUUUUCUUUGCAGUUUAUAGACACAAAAACAAUUUGCUGCUCAGUAACCAGAUCUAAAAAAUAAAUUGCAGAAUACAGCAUGUGCAAAUUUUUUUUUUUUUUUGUAUAAUAGAACUGGUGCUAAGUCACUUCCAUAUAACAAUUUUGUUUUGUUUAAUAAAUACUGUCCUGGGAGCCAGAAGAAAGUAAAAAUACCGGUUUUUUGUUUACUUUCUGUACAGCCUUGGGUUAUUAUGUCUGUUUUGUGGUAAUGCAGUCUAGAUUUGAGUAAACCUCUUUUUGAGUGGGCCUUAAGUGGGGAAGAGAACAACUUAUCCUGUACUUUCCAAUUGACUGGCUCAAUAAAGAAUAGAAUAGCACUGAAUGUAUUAUAACCACUUUCUAGUAAUUAAUGUCUUUAUCCUUUGUUGUGCUGUUACUUUAGUGGUGCAAAGUAAUUUCUCCUAUUUUUCUUCUAUGUCUUGUUAAGUAAGGGCCUCAACUUCAAACUUUGUCUUUUGAAGUAUUUUCCAUGUUUUUCUUUGUAUGCGCUGCUGAUAGUGUUUUAAGAAAGCUAAAAACCUGUCCAUGUAUUUUUGUUCAAUUUCUCAGGUAGUAAGCCACCCACAUAACCUGAUAAUUUUGAAAACGAGAACCAAAUAGAUGUAUUUUUAUUUGUUAAAAAGAUUGUUCCAAACGUUAACUUUUCAAUAAAUGCUGGUAAUUCCACUUUUGGGUGAAAGUUUCUACCCUGUAGUAUGCUGCUUUGCACUGACGUCGCUGAUCCCUCUCAUUUGCAUUGGUAGCGAAACAAUACAUAUUUAAUUUUCAGAGAGAUUAAAAUAAAAUUGUUAUAGUGAGUAUCGAGUCUUUGUUCAUUUGCUAGGAUGUAUUGGCUAGAGCGUCGCACACCCACAGUAACAGCUUCUGUGAAAAUAUUGGUGUCUAGUUUUAAUAUGACAUUUCUGUGCAGCUUUGUCCUUUAUGAUGCCAGUUUGUGGAAACUGACUUUGUCAGAGUUCAUGCAACUGAAGAUCUGUUUUUGUUUUGGAUAAAUGAAAUCAUGAUAUUUAGGUUUAAGAUUAUCCUCCCGUCAGCAAAUGCUUUAUCAGAACUAUUUAAAAUGUAGAAAAUUGGACUCGAUUGAAUUUUAUCUCAUCCCUCCAGCACCAGGUGGUGUUAAAAGUUAUACUAUAUUCAAAAUAAAAGUAUGGGUGUGGGAUAGGGAAUCUAGUCCAAGAAGCUAGGGCCCUCAAUAGUCUUUGACCAUACAAGAGUUAACUGUAUUUUCACAUGAAAUGUACAGCAAACUGCCUCUAAGCAUUACAUUACAAAGGCACACUGUGCCUUAGACUAAAAUCUCGUUACUUUAGAGCUGAAAGGGUCCCUGUUGGGUUCAAAGAGCUCCUUCUGUAACAGCAAGGAAUGUAUGGAUAUUUGUUCUGGAUCUAUGAUUUGCAUAAACUUGGCCCUCUGGGAUAAGGUGAAUGUUAAAUUAUGCAGAGAAGCCACAAAUAUGGAGACAUACUAAAACACAUGUAGCAAAAUGCCGCUUAUGAACAACAUGCUGGUACUGAGAACAAAAUACCUCUGCAGCUGGUUGGAUGAAAGCAGGUGGGGAACAAACAGAUGUUAACCUGAACACCCCCACCUACUAUAGCGGUUUUACCGCUACUGCCGCCUCUUCUUGCGUGGCACCUUUUACAUCAUAUGGCUUAGGAGUAUGCUAGCUAGUUUUGAGAAGUUCUUAGAGCAAAACUCGGGCUUAUAGUAAUAUCCCUUUACAUGGAAUCAGUACAGUAUUGAUUCAUCUCUGAAUGGAUGGGUAUCAGGCUAUCGGGAGUGAAACUGUAACAA